AUGCCAGUCGCCAGAGGCCGGCCUGAUUCUUCGCCACUUCGCGGACUUGAAUGUCGCGCGCGCACCAAGAGCUUCGAUAGAGAUAGCACUGCUGCUGCUGCUGCUGCUGCCACAUCCGCGGGGGCGACUGCGGUGCUCGAGCAGGAGGUGCUUUUUGAGACGUCCCAAAAGGUGCUCCAGCAGCAAGACGUGCCGCGGCAGCAGCAGCAGGAGGAGGGGCGGGCGUGCGGGGUGGGCAUCCUGCCGUUCCUAGAGGGAAAGCACGUGCUCAUCACGGGCGCGACGGGCUUCAUUGGGAAAGGUGCGGCUUCUGGUGGUCACGGUGUGGUCACGGGCUUCAUUGGGGUGCUUGCUCGUGUGUUGGUGGAGAAGAUACUCCGCGAGCAGCCGCGCGUGGGGCAGCUGUAUCUUCUCAUCCAACCCACAGCCCGCGCCACCGCAGCGCAUCGCCUCACGCAACAGGUCGUCCCGUCGCCCGUGUUCUCGCUGCUGCGCGAGCGGCAUGGGGAGGGGUACGGGGCGUUCAUGGCGGGCAAGCUGACGGCCGUGCAGGGCAACGUGGGGGAGGACGGGCUGGGACUGCCUGCCCACGCCGCUGCUGCUCUGCAUGACUCGGUCGAUCUGAUCUUCAACUUCGCCGCCACCGUUGACUUUGAAGCCGAGUAUGACGUGGCACUCAAUAUCAACACCAUGGGCCCGCGGCGGGUGCUAGCCUUCGCCAAGAAGUGCCGGAGGCUUCAAUUGCUGGUGCACGUGUCCACUGCCUAUGUGAACGGGCAGCGCGAGGGGAGAUGCAUGGAGCGCCCCUUCUCUCCGGGCGACAGCAUUGCUGCUGAGAUGCUCGCCUGCUCUCCCACCCCCUCCGCCACCACUGCUGUCGCUGCUGCUGCUGCUGCUGUUGCUGCUGCUGUUGCUGCUACUUCCCCUGCUGCUGCUGCUGCUGCUUCUUCUGCUGCAGCUGCUGAUUUUGCUGCUGCUGCUGCUGCUGCUGCUGCUGCUACGGCUGCCACCACUGCUGCUGCCGCUGCUGCCACGUCCCCUGCGGCGACCUCGCAAGUCCCUGUGCUGGACCUGGAUGAGGAGGUCGCACUGGCGGUGAGGGAGCGAGCGGCGGUGGAGGCAGGGGCCAAGGCGAGAGGGGCGAGUGCAGAGGAAGUGGCAGCGGCGGUGGAGGCGCACAUGUCCGCCCUGGGUGCCGACAGGGCGCGUACCUUUGGGUGGCAGGACGCGUACGCGCUGUGCAAGGCAAUGGGGGAGAUGGCGCUGGUGGAGCAGCAGGAGGGGGCGGAAGGGGAGGGGGAGGUGGGGGGGAAGGCUGGGGGAGAAGCGCGUGUGCCGGUGGUGGUGGUGCGGCCCAGCAUAGUGGAGAGUGCACUACACGAGCCCAUGCCUGGAUGGAUCGAAGGCUUUCGGGUGGCGGAUCCAGUGCUGAUGGCGUUUGCCAAGGGGGAGAUACCGGGCUUCCACGCUCCGCCACACGGCAUCUGCGACAUUAUUCCAGUGGACCUACUAGCCAACGCUAUCCUUGCCAUUGCUGCCAGCAAUGCAAAGCCACCACGGAAUGCCAUUCGACCCACUUCCAAGCACCAUCUGCCCCGUGUCUACCAUGUGACGUCUUCGGUUGCUAACCCGCUGUGCUUCAACGAACUGUUUGCUGCCACCACCAAGCAUUUUGCUGCCAAUCCCAUGAAGCGGAAGGAUGGGACUGCAAUCUCUGUGUCCCAUAUGAUAGCCUUUCCAUGGCCUGUGCUCUUCAUGGCUGCUAUUUGGUUUCAGUAUGAACUGCCCAGGCUUUUGGUGACACUUGACCCUAGAAAUGGACCAGCACAGAAGCAGCGACAGGCUGCAAAACUGACCAAGAGGCACAAUCAAUACAGGCGCUUAGCUAAGCUGUACAUGCCUUACUGCUUCGGGAAGGCACUGUUUGACUCCAGCAACAUGGAACACCUGUUCUCUGCAAUGUCACCUGAAGAGCAGCACAAGUUCAAUUUCAACGUUCGUAACAUCAACUGGAACCACUACCUGUGCCAUGUUCACUUCCCUGGCUUGCGCAAGUUCGUUCUGAAGGAAAAGGCCCUUAAAUAA